UUUUUUUUUUUCAUACUUGCACUGUAUUCCUCUUCCUGUCCCUCCCCUUUGGCUAAAGUGUCCUUUUCGUGUGUCGCCUAAACUUUGGAGUGUUCUCCAAUUUUGCAAAGGCUGCAACUGAAUCAGCACUUCAGGGAGGAGUCAGAUUCCGAAACCAAAAUGGAGGAACAGGAACCCGACAGACCUGAGCCACAGGAGAGCCUGGAGCAGGGAGCCCGAGAACUUCACGUGGUCCAAAUUGGGGCCACCGGGGAGUUGCUGGAAGGGUCGGUCCCACCGCAGCAGUUCAAACGGGAGCCGGAAGACCAAAGCUGGGACACCCAAUUGCACGAUUUCCUGAAAACAAUGCAACCGAGCCGCUCGGGAUGGAGGAGCUCCCCACAGUCGCCUCACUAUAUGUCAGGAGAAGACACCAAGUAUUUCCAGAGCUCCCUCAAGGGGGUUGAGGAAGGCAGCCGGUGGCCCAAAGUCGAGUGUACGUCCCGGAGUAUGUCCGAUGAUGGAAAGACCUAUGAAAGCAGCCAGGAUUCACCCGUGAAAGUGAAGGAAGAGGUUCUCGAUGAUGACCUGGUAAAUCUGGAGAUGCGGAGGCAACGAUUCCGGCUCUUUUGCUACGAGGAGGCCGAGGGGCCCCGAGAGGUUUGUAACAAGCUCUGGGAGCUGUGCCACCAGUGGCUGAGGCCAGAGACACACACCAAGGAGCAGAUCCUAGAGUUUCUCAUCCUGGAGCAGUUCCUGGCUGUCCUGCCACCAGAGAUGCAGAGCUGGGUGCGGGAGCAAGGCCCUGACACUUGCACCCGAGCUGUGAACCUGGCAGAGCGUUUCCUUCAAGAAUCUGAGGAGCCAGAACAGAAAAUGUCAGGAUCUCUUGGUUCACCCAAGUCAGACCCUUCUUCCCCUGUUAUCUUGAAGAUGCAGCUCCCACUGGAGGAGAAGCAAGAGGAUGACUGGGAGGCCACCUUGUCUGGCAAUGAACAAGUGCAAGAUGACGAUGAGGAGGAGGAGGAGGAAUCGUUUCAGUCUGAUCAGCCUGAUCAAGUGGGUAUUGGUGGAAUGUCCUUAGACCGAACCAAAGGGAAGAGUUUCCAGGGUCCUGAGAUGGACAAGAUGCCCGAGAGCCACCAGGGACUAGACGGACCCCAGGAGAACCAACCCGGGAAGUCUGCAAAACUUGGCGGGGAAGGAGACCAGGGUGUUUGGCAAGGACCCCACAGACACACUGACUCAGGGGAGAGCUCCGGUCAGAAUUUCAUCCACCCAGAAAUCCAACCCAUUGAAAAGCCGCACAAAUGCUCGUUAUGUGAAGCAAGUUUCUAUGAGAGCACCCAUUUGGUGAUACACGAGCGAAUCCACACAGGGGAGAAGCCAUACAAAUGUUCUGUGUGUGAGACCUGGUUCUCUCAUCCCUCAGAGCUGAUGAGGCAUGAGGAGACCCACAUGCCCGAGAAACCCCAUAAAUGUGGGGUCUGUGGCAAAAGCUUCAACCAGAAAGCCUCCCUUAUCACCCACGAGAGAACCCACACAGGUGAGAAGCCGUAUGAGUGCUCUGAGUGCGGGAAAAGCUUCAGUACCAGCUCCCAGCUCAUUACACACAAGAGAGUGCACACGGGCGAGAAACCUUACAGUUGCUCAUACUGUGGCAAAAACUUCAAUCAGAAAGCCUCCCUCAUAACCCACAAGAGAACCCACACUGGGGAGAAGCCGUACGAGUGUACGCUGUGCGGGAAAAGCUUCAGCGCUUGCUCCCAGAUUAUCAAUCACAUCAGAGUCCACACAGGCGAGAAACCCUACGAAUGUUUAGAAUGCGGGAAACGCUUUGGGAGCAGCUCCCACCUAACCGAUCACAAGAGAACCCACACGGGCGAGAAGCCCUACAAGUGCUCCGACUGCGGGAAGAACUUCAGCCGAAGUUCCAACCUCACCGCGCACAGUCGGAUCCACACAGGAGAGAAGCCAUAUAUCUGCUCAGGGUGUGGCAAAAGCUUCAGGCAGAAAGCGUCCCUCAUCACACACAAGCGAACCCACACGGGAGAGAAACCCUUUGAAUGCACCGAGUGCGGGAAGAGCUUCAUUUCGAGCUCCCGCCUCGUCAGCCAUAAACGGGUGCACACGGGUGAGAAGCCCUACGAGUGCAUGAUAUGUGGGAAGUGCUUCAUUUCGAGCUCCCAUCUUUUAAGCCAUAAGAGGGUGCACACAGAAGGGGAGCCAUACACGUGCUCAUAGAGCAGCAGGAAAGUUUUCUGCUGGUAGGCCACCCUUCCGAGGGACGGUUCCCACAUAACCCCAGGCCAGGGAUUAUAUAUAUCGAGAGCGGCCUAGCUUCUAUAAUCUCGAAGGCUGUUUUAUCCUCUAGAUGUAACUCAAAAGUGCAGAACCUCUCUUCUAAUUAAAUAAAAACUUUUUUCUCAGGCCAGGUAAGUUUUCUCCGAGGGAUUAGUCGGGCCAUUAACUCUCUGUCAACAUUGCUGUGGCACUUGGUCCAUGCUCUGGCCACAGCAAUGCGUAUGAGCCUGGGUAGGGAACACAGCCCUGGUGUGUGUGGUCUUUUCUCUCCUCUCCUCCAAAAGGAUGGGAGAAGGAGCAUGCAAACAAGGGUACACGCGUGCCACAGUGUGCAGUGCAUGCAUUGGGUGAACUGGUCCAGUGCUCUGCCUGGGGACAAGGUAGCUCCAUGUGUUCAUAUCUCCCACCGAGGUGUGUAUGCGAUCGAGGUGCAAUCCCUAGGAUGUGAGUCUCCCUAUAUUGAGAAUAGGCAAAGAGAGAGUCGAUUUGCCACCCAGGGAAACCCUUGCUGGUCGGCAGCAACAGAAUCUCUGUGUGUUGUAGUUGUCGAGCUUCUCAUGGGGAAGACUGGCUGGAAUUGAUGGCUGUCACUGUAGCCUUCCUCACCUCCUUCCACUGUGAACAAUUAGUAUGGCUUCGAAUGCGCCCUCUUCUCUUCAAUGUUUACGAAGUUUGUCUGCUAUUUGCAAUCUCUCCGUAGAGGGUAGGAGCAUAUGUUGCCCUUCAACACAUUUUGGAAACAUUCACUGUAAUGGAAAACUGUCAGCUUAUAUUGUCAAAAGCUUUCAUGGCUGGAAUCACUGGGUUGUUGUCAGUUUUCCGGAAUCCAUGGCCAUGUCCCAGAGGCAUUCUCUCCUGAUGAUUCGCCUGCAUCUAUGGCAGGCAUCCUCAGAGGUUAUUAGGUCUGUAGGAAACCAGGAAAAUUGGGUUUAUAUAUCUGUGGAAUGUCCAGAAGCACCAUUAAAUUGCAACCUCAUUGUAAUCAGAUAAACUCGGUAUUGUGAAUGAAUAUGGAACGGCUUAAUGAUGCAGAUGGACAUGGAUUUAAACCUGGAAGUCAUUGAUUUUUCAUAGUUUUAAAUUGUUUUUAUAUGAAUUUUAUUGUGUGAUUUAACCUGUUUUAAAUUAUAUAUUUAUGUGUGUUCAGCAUCUAAUAGUUGCCAAACUGUAUGCCACCCGGAGUCGCCUUCAGGCUGAGAAGGGCGGGAUAAAAGUGUGGCAAACAAAUAAAUAAAGCAAGCCCUGGCUGACUGUGCAAAAAGAAUCUGUGAACCACACCUCCUCCCAGUUUAGGUGGUAAACUGAACCACCUAAACUGGGCUCUACAGGCCAAUGGAAGCUCCGCGUCAGACACCAGAAGAGCUGCAAGACCAAAAACAAGCCACAAGAAUAAAGACAAAGAUCCACCCAGAGGAGAAGUGUCCUUGCCAUACAUAAAGGGAACCACUGACCGCAUAGGGAAGCUGAGGAGGAAACACAAUACAAAAACUAUCUACAGACCCACUAAGAAAAACCAACAAAUGCUACAUUCAGCAAAGGACAAGAGGGAUCCUCUCACCUCUGCAGAAGUCUACCGUGUACCAUGCAGCAGUGGACAAGUCUACAUAGGGACCACCAAACACAUCAGCAUUGUCCAACACACGAAUCAAGGAACAUGAAAGGCACUGCAGACUAACUCAACCUGAGAAGUCAGCCAUAGCAGAGCACCUGAUGAACCAACCUGGACACAGCGUAUUAUUUGAGAACACAGAAAUGCUGGACCACUCUAACAACCACCAUGUCAGACUACACAGAGAAGCCAUUGAAAUCCACAAGCAUGUGG